UUCUGGGGCGACUUCCGGAUCCCGUGAGAGUGCUGUGGGUGCCCAGAGUGGCGGUCCUGGGAGAGCCGGCGGGCAGGGCUGCGGCCCGCGCGCGGCCGGCGAUGCUGGGGGGCAGCUCCGGGUCUCCGGAGUGCGAGGCGGAGGGCGACGGGGCGAGGGCUCUGCCUGCGCCGCCUGCCAUCGAAUUCCCGGCCGAGGGCUCGGACCCCAAGUAUGAUGAAUCUGAUGUUCCAGCAGAACUCCAGGUGUUAAAAGAACCCCUACAGCAGCCAACUUUCCCUUUUGCAGUUGCAAACCAACUAUUGCUUGUUUCUUUGCUGGAACACUUGAGCCAUGUGCACGAACCAAACCCUCUUCGUUCAAGACAGGUGUUUAAAUUACUUUGUCAGACUUUUAUCAAAAUGGGACUGCUGUCUUCUUUCACCUGUAGUGAUGAAUUCAGCUCAUUACGACUGCAUCACAACAGAGCUAUCACCCAUUUAAUGAGGUCAGCUAAAGAGAGAGUUCGUCAGGAUCCUUGUGAGGAUAAUUCUUAUAUCCAGAAGAUCAGAUCAAGGGAAGUAGCCUUUGAAGCACAAACUUCACGUUACUUAAAUGAAUUUGAAGAACUUGCCACCUUAGGAAAAGGUGGAUAUGGAAGAGUGUACAAGGUCAGGAAUAAAUUGGAUGGUCAGUAUUAUGCAAUUAAAAAAAUUCUGAUUAAGGGUGCAACUAAAACAGAUUGCAUGAAGGUAUUACGGGAAGUGAAGGUGCUGGCAGGUCUUCAACAUCCUAAUAUUGUUGGUUAUCACACUGCUUGGAUAGAACAUGUUCAUAUGGCCCAAAUGCACACAGAUAGAAUUUCUAUUCAGUUGCCAUCCCUGGAAGUGCUCUCUGACCAAGAGGACGACAGAGAUCAAUAUGAUGUUAGAAGUGAUGAAAGUAAUAGCUCAUCCAUCAUCUUUGCUGAGUUUGCUUCAGAGAAAGAAAAUGGAGGACUGGAGCAUCAGAAUAAGAGACUGGUGAACUACACCAGCAAUUUAGUCAUGAGAAAUGCCUGUGAAUUUGAGUCAUCUCUGGAAUGCCAAGAAAAUGGCUUGGCUAAUUUGUCUUCCAGAUCAGUUGUUGAGCACCAUCUGCCAGUUAGGCAUAAGUCAGACUUAGGAGAGAUUUCCUCAUCCACCGAGGAGUCUUCUGAAGAAAACUUAAGUUUGCUGGGACAGACAGAGGUGAAGUACCACCUGAUGUUACACAUCCAGAUGCAGCUGUGUGAGCUCUCACUGUGGGACUGGAUAGUGGAGAGAAACAAGCGGGGACGGGAAUGCGUGGAUGAAUCUGCGUGUCCUUAUGUUAUGGCCAGUGUUGCAACAAAAAUCUUCCAAGAAUUGGUGGAAGGUGUGUUUUACAUACAUAACAUGGGAAUUGUGCACAGAGAUCUGAAGCCCAGAAAUAUUUUUCUUCAUGGCCCUGAUCAGCAAGUGAAAAUAGGAGACUUUGGUCUGGCCUGCACAGACAUCAUUCAGAAGAACACAGACUGGACCAGUAGGAAUGGAAAGAGAACAGCAGCACACACUUCCAGAGUGGGCACCUGUCUAUACGCCUCACCCGAACAGUUGGAAGGAUCCGAGUAUGAUGCCAAGUCAGAUAUGUACAGCUUGGGUGUGAUCCUGCUAGAGCUCUUUCAGCCAUUUGGAACUGAAAUGGAACGAGCACAAGUCUUAACAGGCUUAAGAAAUGGGCAAAUACCUGAAUCCCUCAGCAAAAGGUGUCCUGUCCAAGCCAAGUACAUCCAGCAGUUAACUGGAAAGAACUCAUCCCAGAGGCCAUCUGCUGUUCAGCUGCUGCAGAGUGAACUUUUCCAAAAACCUGGAAAUGUUAACCUCAGUCUACAGAUGAAGAUACUUGAGCAAGAAAAAGAAAUCAAAGAACUGAAGAAGCAGCUAAGCCUUCUUUCUCAAAGUAAAGGGGUUAAGGAUGACAUGAAAGAUGGUGGUGUGCCUGGCUAGCUGUAUAAACAUAAAAGUGGACUUAAGCUGUACCUAAGUUAAUCAACUGGAAUGUAAAUUCUCAAUCGUUAUAGGUAUGUAGAUGGUAUGAUUCAUUUAGUAAUAAACCUGUACAAGCAGA